UAAAGUUUGGGGAACGCUUGUUACUAGGGUUUGUAAAAAAACCUUUGCGUUGCGCUCCCCAGGUCUGCGCUCCGGAGCCGACAGAGGGGCCGAGCAGCCGUGGGGAGGGUCCCCGGUCCCAGGCGCCGCGCGCGGGGAUUCUGCCCAGUUUCCUGCUGCGGAGUCGCGGUGUCCGCCCCAGCCCAGAGCAGUUUGUGCAACUUAGAAACUCGAUAGGAGGCAGCAGCUGAUCUCCCACUACCCUAAAAAUAAUCGGCUCCGGCUCACUGCGUGCUUCGGCUAGCGAAGGAAAACUGCCUUCAGAGUAAGUGAGUCCGUGUCUUUUACAGGAGCUCUGCCUCCCCGUUUGGUUUUAACAUCUUAAGACAGUGUAGGAAGUCGGUGUUUUGAAGUUAGCACAAGUGCACCCAAAAGAAUUUGAAGCAGCGUCAACCUAUUGCCCAAGAGUAAGUCAUAGAAGAAGAAAUGAGUCUUUCAUUCUGUGGUAACAAUAUUUCUUCAUAUAACAUCCAUAAUGGUGUAUUACAAAACCCUUGCUUUGUGGACGCCCUCAACCUGGUCCCGCAUGUCUUCCUGCUGUUUAUCACUUUUCCAAUAUUGUUCAUUGGAUGGGGGAGCCAAAGCUCAAAAGUACAAAUUCAUCACAACACAUGGCUUCAUUUUCCUGGACAUAACCUGAGAUGGAUUCUCACGUUUGCGCUCCUGUUUGUGCAUGUUUGUGAAAUAGCAGAAGGCAUCGUUUCAGAUUCCCGAAGGGGGUCAAGACAUCUUCACCUCUUCAUGCCAGCUGUGAUGGGAUUUGUUGCCACGACAACAUCAAUAGUGUAUUAUCAUAACAUUGAGACAUCAAAUUUUCCUAAAUUACUUUUAGCCCUAUUCUUGUAUUGGGUAAUGGCCUUUAUUACAAAGACAAUAAAAUUGGUUAAGUACUGGCAGUCCGGCUGGGGGGUGUCAGAUCUGCGUUUCUGCAUCACCGGCAUCAUGGUCAUUUUGAAUGGACUCCUAAUGGCUGUAGAGAUCAACGUCAUUCGGGUCAGGAGAUAUGUAUUCUUCAUGAACCCCCAGAAAGUAAAGCCUCCCGAAGACCUUCAGGAUCUGGGUGUGAGAUUUCUUCAACCGUUUGUGAAUUUACUGUCCAAAGCAACAUACUGGUGGAUGAACACACUUAUCAUAUCUGCUCAUAAAAAGCCUAUUGAUCUGAAAGCAAUUGGAAGACUGCCAAUAGCAAUGAGGGCCGUAACAAAUUAUAUCUGCCUGAAAGAUGCAUAUGAAGAACAAAAGAAAAAAGCAGCGGAUCAUCCAAACCGGACCCCAUCUAUAUGGCUGGCAAUGUACCGAGCUUUUGGGCGACCCAUUCUACUCAGUAGCACAUUCCGUUAUUUGGCUGAUUUACUGGGCUUUGCUGGGCCUCUGUGUAUUUCUGGAAUAGUUCAGCGUGUGAAUGAAACCCAGAAUGGGACAAGUAACACAACAGGAAUUUCAGAAACCCUCUCAUCAAAGGAAUUUCUUGAGAACGUCUAUGUUCUAGCAGUUCUUCUCUUCUUGGCUCUUAUUCUUCAAAGGACAUUUUUGCAGGCUUCCUACUACGUAACCAUAGAGACUGGUAUUAACCUCCGGGGAGCUCUGCUGGCCAUGAUAUACAAUAAAAUUCUUAGACUAUCUACAUCUAACUUAUCCAUGGGUGAGAUGACCUUGGGACAGAUCAACAACUUGGUUGCCAUCGAAACCAAUCAACUCAUGUGGUUCUUGUUCUUAUGUCCUAAUCUAUGGGCUAUGCCUGUUCAGAUCAUAAUGGGAGUGAUUCUGCUCUAUAAUUUACUGGGAUCAAGCGCAUUGGUUGGUGCAGCAGUCAUUGUGCUUCUUGCGCCAAUUCAGUACUUCAUUGCUACAAAGUUGGCAGAGGCUCAGAAGAGCACUCUCGAUUAUUCCACUGAAAGACUGAAGAAAACAAAUGAAAUAUUGAAAGGCAUUAAACUUCUGAAGUUGUAUGCCUGGGAGCACAUUUUCUGCAAAAGUGUGGAAGAAACAAGAAUGAAAGAGCUAUCUAGUCUCAAAACCUUUGCACUUUAUACAUCCCUCUCCAUUUUCAUGAAUGCAGCAAUUCCCAUAGCAGCUGUUCUCGCUACAUUCGUGACCCAUGCAUAUGCCAGCGGGAACAAUCUAAAACCUGCAGAGGCCUUUGCUUCGCUGUCUCUCUUUCAUAUCCUGGUCACACCACUGUUCCUGCUCUCCACAGUGGUCAGAUUUGCCGUCAAAGCCAUCAUAAGUGUUCAAAAGCUGAAUGAGUUUCUUCUGAGUGAUGAGAUUGGUGAUGACAGUUGGCGAACUGGAGAAGGUUCUCUUCCUUUCGAGUCCUGUAAAAAACACACUGAUAUUCCGAAAACUAUAAACAGGAAGCAGCCUGGAAGAUACCACCUGGACAGCUAUGAGCAAUCCAUGAGGCGCCUGCGUCCCGCAGAGACCGAGGACAUUGCAAUCAAGGUUACAAAUGGAUAUUUUUCAUGGGGCAGUGGUUUAGCUACAUUAUCCAACAUAGAUAUUCGAAUUCCAACAGGUCAGUUAACUAUGAUUGUGGGCCAAGUGGGAUGUGGGAAGUCCUCUCUUCUCCUUGCCAUCCUUGGUGAGAUGCAGACACUGGAAGGAAAAGUUCACUGGAGCAAUGUAAAUGAAUCUGAGCCUUCUUUUGAAGCAACCAGAAGUAGAAACAGGUAUUCCGUGGCUUACGCGGCUCAAAAGCCUUGGCUAUUAAAUGCUACAGUAGAAGAAAAUAUUACCUUUGGAAGUCCUUUCAACAAACAGAGGUACAAAGCUGUCACAGAUGCCUGCUCUCUUCAGCCAGAUAUUGACUUAUUGCCAUUUGGAGACCAAACUGAAAUUGGAGAGAGGGGCAUCAACCUGAGUGGGGGUCAGAGGCAGAGAAUCUGUGUGGCGCGAGCUCUCUAUCAAAACACCAACAUUGUCUUCUUGGAUGAUCCGUUCUCUGCCCUGGACAUCCACUUGAGCGAUCACUUAAUGCAGGAAGGGAUUUUGAAAUUUCUCCAAGAUGACAAAAGGACGCUCGUUCUCGUGACUCACAAAUUACAGUACCUGACUCAUGCUGACUGGAUCAUAGCCAUGAAAGAUGGAAGUGUACUAAGAGAAGGGACUUUGAAGGACAUUCAAACCAAAGAUGUCGAGCUUUAUGAACACUGGAAAACACUUAUGAAUCGGCAAGAUCAAGAACUAGAGAAGGAUAUGGAAGCUGAUCAGACAACCCUAGAGAGGAAAACUCUCCGAAGAGCCAUGUACUCAAGAGAGGCCAAAGCCCAAAUGGAGGAUGAAGAUGAAGAGGAAGAAGAGGAGGAAGACGAGGAUGAUAACAUGUCCACUGUAAUGAGGCUCAGAACUAAAAUGCCAUGGAAAACCUGUUGGCGAUACCUCACUUCUGGAGGGUUCUUCUUACUUUUCCUGAUGAUUUUCUCUAAGCUUUUGAAGCAUUCAGUCAUUGUUGCUAUAGACUAUUGGCUGGCCACAUGGACAUCGGAGUACAACAUAAACAGUACUGGAAAAGCUGAUCAGACCUACUAUGUGGCUGGAUUUAGUAUACUUUGUGGAGCAGGUAUUUUCCUUUGCCUUGUUACGUCUCUUACUGUAGAAUGGAUGGGUCUCACAGCUGCCAAAAAUCUUCACCACAAUCUCCUCAAUAAGAUAAUUCUCGGACCAAUAAGAUUUUUUGAUACUACUCCCCUGGGACUGAUUCUCAAUCGUUUUUCAGCUGAUACUAAUAUCAUAGAUCAGCACAUCCCUCCUACUUUGGAAUCUCUCACUCGCUCAACACUGCUCUGCCUGUCUGCCAUCGGGAUGAUUUCUUAUGCUACUCACAUGUUCCUGGUUGCUCUGGUGCCUCUAGGGGUUGCCUUUUAUUUUAUCCAGAAAUACUUUCGAGUUGCCUCUAAGGACCUUCAGGAACUUGAUGAUAGUACCCAGCUCCCUCUACUUUGCCACUUCUCAGAAACUGCUGAAGGACUCACCACCAUCCGGGCCUUUAGGCAUGAAGCCAGGUUUAAGCAACGUAUGCUAGAACUGACGGACACAAACAACAUUGCCUACUUAUUUCUCUCAGCUGCCAACAGAUGGCUAGAGGUCAGGACGGAUUACCUGGGAGCUUGCAUUGUCCUCACUGCAUCUAUUGCAUCCAUUAGCAGUGGCUCUCCUAAUUCUGGAUUGGUGGGCUUGGGUCUUCUAUAUGCACUUACGAUAACCAAUUAUUUGAACUGGGUUGUGAGGAACUUGGCUGACCUGGAGGUUCAGAUGGGUGCCGUGAAGAAAGUGAACAGUUUCUUGACUAUGGAAUCUGAGAACUAUGAAGGCACCAUGGAUCCUUCUCAAGUUCCAGAACACUGGCCACAGGAAGGGGAAAUCAAGAUUCAUGAUCUGUGUGUCAGAUAUGAAAAUAAUCUAAAGCCAGUUCUUAAACAUGUCAAAGCUUACAUCAAACCUGGUCAAAAGGUGGGCAUAUGUGGCCGCACUGGCAGUGGGAAAUCAUCUUUAUCACUGGCUUUCUUCAGAAUGGUUGAUAUAUUCGAUGGAAAGAUUGUCAUUGAUGGAAUAGACAUUUCUAAAUUACCACUGCACACGCUACGUUCCAGACUUUCAAUCAUUCUGCAGGAUCCAAUCCUGUUCAGCGGUUCUAUUAGAUUUAAUUUAGAUCCAGAGUGCAAAUGCACAGAUGAUAGACUCUGGGAGGCUCUCGAAAUUGCUCAGCUGAAGAAUAUGGUCAAAUCUCUACCAGGAGGUCUAGAUGCAGUUGUCACCGAAGGUGGAGAGAAUUUUAGUGUUGGACAGAGACAGCUGUUUUGCCUUGCUAGGGCCUUUGUCCGUAAGAGCAGCAUUCUCAUCAUGGAUGAAGCCACAGCCUCCAUUGACAUGGCCACAGAAAACAUCUUGCAGAAAGUAGUAAUGACAGCCUUUGCAGAUCGCACUGUUGUUACAAUUGCACAUCGGGUUCACACUAUUCUGACGGCAGACCUGGUUAUUGUGAUGAAACGAGGAAAUAUUCUAGAAUAUGACACUCCAGAAAGCCUUUUGGCUCGGGAAGAUGGAAUAUUUGCUUCUUUUGUUCGUGCAGACAUGUAAAGAGUGCUUAAAAAUUUUAAGUGUUAUCUAGAAUAAUUCACUCAUCACCUAUUAAUGGGUCAUCAGCUUGCCCUUCAUAAAGUGAUGUCUUUGACAAGUUUUCACACAAGAAAAAUGUUGACAUGUCAUUUUCCUAUUUUUUAAAGUUUUCUAAGAUAUUAGUGAUUAAUAUAUUCAUUACUGAUACUUUUCUAAUUAACAAGCCAAUUUACCUUUAAGAAUACCAGAUUGUAUUAAAACGCAUUAGCUACUUAAAGUAGACAAUCAACAGCUUGUUUUUUGUAACUUUAAGUCUGAUAAAUAUCUUACAGAUAUAGAGUUGCAAUGAGUAGUCAGUAUUAUUUAUAUUAUACUCUGAUUUAUAAAAUGUAUUUUCUUUGUUGGUCUCUCCAGAUGUUAAUGGGAAAGAAUAAAAGAAAUAUGUGUUUUUUAACAAGACACUCAAACUUAUUACCUACUUUAGGAGAAUAUUUUCUGUAUUCAUUAACAUCGGUAAUAGCGAUUUUUUAGCAAUCUCUUUUUUUCCCUUCUAAAUUGUUUUCUGUCACCAAGCAGUUAUCAUAUUUGUAGCAGUUCUACAAAACUAAAACCUUAACUAGAAGGAUCAUGAAAAUGGUUUGGUUAUUUGAAAAAUCAUAAUCAACUUCACAUUUUUCUCUAUCUGGUAAAGAGGGAGUUCUCAAGAUAUCAGCCACAGUGUGCCUUUUCCAGGCUGAAUUUCAAAGACUGAUUAGGUUCAGUCCUUUGGUGAUAGAUCAGCUCAGCUUUCUAUAGUUUACUUGGUCAUUGCCUGUGGUUCUUAUCCUAAGCCCUAAAGUGCCACAUCAUUCAAGAGUCAGGAAUAUGAGCAAAUAGAAUAGCCUUAUUUGUUU